AUGAAGCACGAAGAUGAGGUCAAGGGCCCCAUCGAGAUCGUCGAGGAACGACUCGAUGUCGUCGAGGGCAGACUGAAACGCCAGUUCAAGAGGUACGACGGUAUCAUGGACAGUCACGACAAGGCCUUCGGCAACCUCAACGCCAGAUUCGACAAGCAUAACAAGGCCAUAGAGGACGUCGCCGGAGAGCUCCAGUCCAAGAAGCACGACGUCAUCGCUGCCAUGAUAGACAAGCGGGUCGAGGAGCGCCUCAAGGCCUUAGUCACGGCCAUGCUCGACGAGAGAGAUUGGGCUACGCGCCGUGUCCUGGCCAGCAUGGGAAUGGGACACCCCGACGUGGACCAGAUGGAUGGACCGACGCGGUCAUAUGAAGGUCGCGCCAUAUUCCCGGCUCGGAAACCACUUGCUCUAGAGUGUCCGGUCCAGGAUGCACCGCCCCAGGAAGGCUCCAUCGCUGCCGCUUCCACGGACACGUCGGCCACGUUGGUCGCCACCACUGAUCAGGGACUUCUCCCUGUCAGGGAACAGGUGACAGCGCAGAGCCAAUCCACGGCUGGGACUUUGCCUGCUCCUCUCGACGGGGCGUCCUCUACUUCGUGCGAGCCGCAGCGACGUGCUCCCGUGCAGGAACCUCGGGCAGAGGCAUUUGGGACGGCGGGCUUCGACACCCAACCGACCUCUGCUGUAGAUCCGGCUUCCACCCCGGCUCCGACUCCUGCUCCCGCUUCCGUUCCAGUCAAGACCCCAGACACUACAGGUGCAGCGACGAGCAAGGCCAGCCCUGAUUCCUCGGUCAACGUCACUUCAGUCCCCGACAAGCCGACGAUCACUACGGCCACCACGCCUAGGUCUUUUGAGAACACGACAGCGUCAACAGAGGCGGGGCCAGUCAUCAAGGAUACGCAUAGAAUUCCUAGCCAGCCCUCCUAUAUGGGAGCUGACGCUGCCAGGAAGCCUGCCCACACGAUGUCGGCCGAAAAGCUCCUGCACGGGACAGGGGUGUCGGCGCAGAUCAGGAUGAGACACGAUUCCAUCGUCCAUGACACAGCUCGUCUGGACAAGAGGCUCGUCUCUAAGUCGGGCAGUCGAUCUAGCAGUCAUUGCCAUUCGAUCCACGCCCAGAAACCGUCCGGCAACAAGCCCAGGGUUUCCGGCCAGACGGAGGGCAGGAGGACUGAUUCUCUUCCACCUGGUAGCUCUGCCGGCGCGGCAACAGCCAGCAACAGAAACCAGGUCAGCCUCAACUCCGGCAGCUCCUCCCAGAGGCUGCACACCAGCACAACUGCUCUGCCCGCUCCAGCUACUUUAUCUGCUCCAGCUACUUUGUCUGCUCCAGCUUCUUGUGCCGCCGCACGGCCUACUUCCACUUCAGCCGGUGCCACUUUCUAUCCCAGGAGAACCGCCAAGAGACCCGUUGAUGACGAUUCUGACUUGGAGUACUAUCCUUCCCAGAAGGCGGCGCAGAAGGCUCGGGCCCAGAAGAGGAGCAGGCCGUCUGGCGGGUCGGGAUCCUAA